AAUGCACGGGGGCAAGAGGCAAGAGGCGGUGAACAAGCUGUGCAGCGGCAAGCCCCGGUCCGCCAAUCAGCCCCUCAGUCUCGCCGGUGCUCUCGAUGAGUACCCCUUAAAGCUCCCCUCCGACGACGUCGAAAUGACAGCCGCCUCAUCGCCAAAAGAAGACGACGACGCGCACGAACGUAAUGAGGAAAUGGACGACGACCUCUUCGGACACGAUCACGACCAGGAGGCCAGGCCUGCAGCGGCUUCCCCUACCGCCUCCGGUCCGGACUCUGACCGCCUCCCCUCUCCCGAGCGAGAGAGGCGGCAGGCCCUCGAGUAUGAGGAGGACGAUGUCCCGCCGGAAAUCGCGGUCGAGGUCAAGGAGGCCGAAGUCACCUUUCCAAACCUCCCUGUCCCAAAGUCCUCUGACGGAAAGAACUGGGUCGUCCGGAUGCCCAACUUUGUAAAGGUGGACACAAAACCGUUUCAUCCAGACACGUACAUAGGCCCCGAACAAGAAGAUGAGGAAAACAUGCAGGGCGACACCGUCAAAGAACGGAGUAUGACUAUCAAACUCAAGGUGGAGAACACCCUGCGUUGGCGGUGGACGAAAGAUGAGAACGGGCAAGAGAAAAGAGAAUCUAACAGCCGUGUCAUCCGCUGGUCAGAUGGGACACUAAGCCUUCGCCUCGGAAAAGAGUACUUCGACAUCACCCAAUCCAUCGACACCUCCGCCGGCGUCUCGCGCCAAUCCCUCGGUGGCUCCCAAUCCCAGCCAUCCCAAUCCCAGACCCUAGCCCAAUCUCAAUCUCAAUCACAGUCCCAAGCACCCCCACAAAAAUCUGAAGGCCUCACCUACCUCGUCGCACAGCACAAGCGCUCCCAAGUCCUCCAAUCCGAGGCCCUCAUCACGGGCUACAUGUCCCUGCGGCCGACCGGCAUGCAGUCCGAGACGCACCGCAUGCUCGUGCGCGCCGUCGGUCAAAAACACAACAAGGUCGCGCGCCUGCGCAUCGCGCCCGAACCGACUGUAGACCCCGAGCGCGAGAAGCUCGAGCUGAUGAAGCAGAGCGCGAAGAAGUCCAAGAAGCGGGCGGAGGAGGACGGCUUUGGGGCUGGGGGCAGGAGGCGGAGGGGUGGGUAUAGGAGGCAGACAGACACGGAUGUGCUGUGGAGUGAUGACGAGGAGGAGGAGCGCGGGAUGUACGCGGGCUCGGAGGAGGAGUACGAGGAUGGGGGUGGUGGGGGGACGCCCAGGAAGCCGAAGAGGAAGCCGCAGGCGGAGAAGGGAGGCGAGGAGUACCAGGCGGAUGACUUUGUCGUGCCGGACGAGUCGGAUGAGGAUGGAGAGGGCGCACCAAAGAAGAAAAGAGCAAGAGACGCGAGCCCUCAGGAUGACCUCGAACGCAUGGAAGCGAGUCUUGAGAAGCAGGCUGCUGCCGACCGCAAGAGCCGGGGCGGCGACAGUAAAAAGAGCAAGAAAAAGGAGGACGAGGACGAGGAUACGCCCGACGAAGAUGCCGAAGCCGCGAUGGACGUGGAGAGCGAGGAAGAGGAGGAAGAGUUCAAGGUGCGGCGCGUCACCAGCAAACGCGCCAUUACUUUCGACGAGGAUGAGGAGUA